CCGGCAGUGGGAAACAGUAGACAGAUAAGUGCGUGUGGGAGACUGCAGGCAUCUCUGUGAUCUCCAGGCUCAAUAAGGCUCGACUCGGCGCACAUAACAUUGCGCACUCGGCUGCAUCACAAGCGGAUAGACAAAAGGAUCACUGGCUUUGUCUAGGACAGCCUUUUUCGGCUCUUUUGGCCGGUUUCAGUUUUGCCCUUUCUCUCCGUGCACUUUAAUUGGAGGCGCUCGGCAGGAUGAUGUCCAUGAACAGUAAACAGGCGCACUUCGCCAUGCAUCCCUCCCUACCGGAGCACAAGUACACCACCCUGCAUUCCAGCUCGGAGGCGAUACGGAGAGCCUGUCUACAAACUCCACAGCUGCAAAGCAACAUAUUCGCCAGUUUGGAUGAGACCCUCCUGGCCCGCGCCGAGGCUCUGGCUGCCGUGGACAUCGCCGUGUCCCAGGGCAAGACGCACCCGUUCAAGCCCGACGCCACUUACCACACCAUGAGCACGGUGCCGUGCUCGUCGACUUCCACGGUGCCACUGGCUCACCACCAUCACCACCAUCAUCACCACCACCACCAGAACCUGGAACCCCCGGACUUAAUGGACCACAUCAGCUCACCCUCUCUCGCCCUCAUGUCCAGUGCGCACGACGGGGCCGGAGGUGGAGGUGGCGGCGGCGGUGGAGGUGGAGGCGGCGGAGGGCUUAUUUCUUCCUCCUCCGCACACGCACACGCACACUCGCACAUGCACGGAUUGAGUCACCUCUCGCACCAGGCGGCCAUGACCAUGAACUCGCCUCUCACCCACCACGGCCUCUUACCGGGUCAUCACGGUGGGAGCCAGGCCGGCCCAGGGCUGACGAGCAGCGGGCUGCCGUCCAUCAAUGACUCGGACACAGACCCCAGGGAGCUGGAGGCCUUCGCGGAGCGCUUCAAGCAGCGGAGGAUCAAGCUGGGGGUGACCCAGGCGGACGUGGGUGGCGCGCUGGCUAAUCUCAAAAUCCCCGGCGUGGGAUCACUGAGCCAAAGUACAAUUUGUCGAUUCGAGUCGUUGACACUGUCCCACAACAACAUGAUCGCCCUCAAACCCAUCCUCCAAGCCUGGCUGGAGGAGGCCGAGGGCGCCCAAAGGGAGAAAAUGAGCAAACCGGACAUUUUCAACGGAGGGGAAAAGAAACGCAAGAGGACCUCGAUAGCGGCCCCGGAGAAGAGGUCCUUGGAGGCGUACUUUGCCGUCCAGCCUCGGCCCUCCUCGGAGAAAAUAGCAGCCAUCGCUGAGAAGUUGGACUUGAAAAAGAACGUGGUGCGAGUGUGGUUUUGCAACCAAAGACAGAAGCAGAAGAGGUUGAAAUUUUCCGCCGCCCACUGAUGGAGGAAAAAAAAGACAAGAAAACUGAAAAGUUGUGACUGAAUUUGGGGACCAAUGGACCGUUAAAAACACACACACAUACACACACCAUUUUCAGUCUUCACGCUGGUGCGCAUUGGGCUUCGGACAGCCAUUCUAUAAGAGGUCAUACACACACGUUGAUUCUUUUUCACGUUAUCGGUGAAUGUGAAGUAUGCAAAUAUCAGAUUACACACUCCGUUCCAAACGAAGGGAAACAUUUAGCGACGUCGACGUUGCCUUUUUAAAAAAAAGACACAGAAAGAGGAAAAUUUGCUUGAUACUAUAGCGAGUUAAUUUCUCCUGAUAGGCCUAUUAUUUGAACUAUAGCCAUUUACAAAUUACCUCAUUGAUUGUCGUACUGUGUUUUUGCGUUGACUUCUGUCGUUGUUGCUAUAGAAUAAUCCACACAACUGUUUAUUUAUUCAUGAGUUUAUUUAUAAUUUCGAAGGCUGCUAUAAAUUAACAUUUCGUUGCAAACAAACGAAAAUGCAGGCCUGCAUGAGUAUUCUAAUUCACAGGCAGUAUUUUAUUCUCUGCAGGCUCUCAUGUCUAUAUAGCUACAGUAUAUUGAUUUCAAUUUGCACAAAAAAAACCUCUAUUAAUAAGUUAUGUCCACGUGGUUUUGUAUAUACAAACAUCACUUUAUCACAAUAUUCCAGUUGUGGUAGAAUAAAAAAACGAUGGGGUCCACGGACACCAUUAACAUCACAAAUAAAAGUAAAAAAAAAUCAACCAGAGAGCACGAAAAGCCUUGUCUGCUAAUGAAAACAACCCUGAUAUGUAUUUUCUGUGUUUAGUUUGCAGUGCAAACACUCUAUGCAUUGGAGGAGGAAUAAUUCUAAUUAUUGUGUGGUACAGUAGAGCUGUCUACUGCUAUAGAACUCGCCUUGUGAAUGGUGUAUAAGUCACUGUCAACUGCCUGUUUUCACAUUAAGAUCACCACGUUGUUUGUCGUGUUAAAUGUGAAGGAAAACCUUGUAAGUAAGUACUAUUUUUUACUUUGUACACACGUAUGUUUACAAAGCUGCGGCGACGUGUCUAUCAUGGAAAUGUCUCUUAAAGUCCUCUCCUCACAACUUCCCUCUUUCUUUCAUUCAUUCAUUCUUUAAGUGGUAUUAUUCAUUCUGUACGCCAAAUUCAACAGGGAGGUGUGUCCCAGCGAUCUUCUUAAAAAAAAAAAUUAAAUAAAAUGAAACCUUUGCCUUUCUGGUCGUGAAUGGCCCACAGAUAAUUUUGUUGUGUUAAAUGUC